AACGGUCCCACCUCAACCACUUCAACUCAAUUGCUCGACCGUCAACGUUCGUUCUUUCCGUCCAGACGUCGUCGUCGUCGUCGUCUGUCUAUAUCAGUCGACCGUAGACUUUACAGGAGAUAAGUUUCGCAAAAGACAUAGAGCAGCACAAGUGUAUUCUCUCGGGGCAGCGGAGCACCAUGAUUGGCAAAAUUGGAUUCCCGCUGCUACUAUUGGCACUGGCAAUUAGUAGCAACAACAAGGGCGUAGAAUCGGCGAAGAUUCUCUGCAUAUUUCCCAGUCCCGGACGAUCGCAUGUUCUCGUUGGGCAAACCCUGCUGAAGGGGCUGGCCGCACGAGGUCACGAGGUUACAAUGGUGAGCCCUUUUAAGCUGUCGAAGCCAGUGCCUAACUACAGGGAGAUUUACGUCCCAGCGGAUGACACCGUGAGCAAGAUGACGAAGAGCUUCCUGGAGAAGCCGCAAAACAUGUUCAAAAGCAUGCCAACCUUGAUGCGGAGUGUGACAGAAACGGCCAACAAAACGAUCAACGAUCCCCAGUUUUUGGCCAUCAAGAACGAGCAGUUCGAUGUGGUUAUAACGGGACUGUUCGUAGCGGAUUUCAUUCUAGGAUUUGGUCCACAUUUCAAUGCUCCCACUAUUGCAUUAUGGUCUGCAGGGCAGACCAAGUUCACGUCUGAUUUGGUGGGCAACCCUAGGGCUCUGGAAGCCGUUCCGCAUAUCAUGCUGGGUUCCCAAGGUGCCAUGGGAUUCUUUGGACGAAUGAAGAACCUUUUGAUUGGCACGGUGGAAAAUUUAAUCACUAUUUACAUGACCCACAGCCAACAGAAGUUUUACGACUGGAACUUCCCUGCAGAUAAAUAUCCCAGUUACAAGGACGUUCGGAAGAACGUCUCGCUGGUGCUGCUGAACACACAUUUUUCGAGCUCUGGACCGCGACCUUACAUUCAAAACAUAAUCGAAGUCGGUGGAUUGCAGAUCAAGACCAAACCGGAUCCUCUACCGAAAGAUAUCCAAGAGUGGUUGGACGGAGCCGAACAUGGAGUAAUCUAUUUCUGCUUGGGUUCAAACCUCAAGUCAUCUGAUCUACCUCCGGAAAAGCUGCAAAUUUUCCUCCGAGUUCUGGGAAAACAAAAGCAAAGGGUGUUGUUCAAGUGGGAAACCGACAGUAUUCCCAACCAACCGAAGAACUUCCUCACCAAGAAAUGGCUUCCUCAAGACGACGUCCUUGCUCACAAGAACGUAGUCCUGUUCAUAGCGCAUGGAGGCUUGGGAGGUAUGGCAGAGGCACGAUUCCAUGCGGUUCCUGUUCUGGGAAUCCCGAUAUUCGCCGAGCAGUCCCAUAACGUGAAUGGGGUCGAACGCGAAGGCUGGGGUAAGCAAGUGGAUUACGCAACAUUGACCGAGGAAUCGUUCGAAACCCCACUGAAGGAGAUCCUUACAAAUCCCCAGUAUCGACAGAAGGUGCAGGAAUUGUCGGAAUUGUACCGUGAUCGACCGCAAAGUGCGAUCGAUCUGGCCUGCUACUGGGUCGAGUACGUUAUCAGGUACAAGGGAGCACCUCACAUGCACUACCAAGGCGCAGAUCUCAACUUCUUCCAGGAACAGAUGUUGGACGUCGUAGCUGCUCUGCUGGUCGGGGCAUACGUAGUAUUCAAAGUGCUAAAACUUUUGAUCAAAUCAAUAGCAAAACGCAUCUGCGGUGGACGUAAGAAGCAAAAGACUUACUAGCAAAUUAUCGUACCUUCUGUAUGUCUCGCGAUAACAAAAUGUGUUCCACAGUUCAUCUUAAAGCUAAUAAAAAUUCUUAUCACUCACCUCUUGCAGUGCCUUCUUA